GCAAAAAUUAAUAUUAACACCACUUUUAGUUUUUCAGAAUACCGAUAUUUCCGUCGUUUGUGACGAAAUUCUUCCAGGAUUUAAUCAAAGAAACGAUAUCAGUUAGGGAAAAAAAUAAUAUCAUCCGCCCAGAUAUGAUUCAUCUUCUAAUGGAAGCCAGGAAAGGAAGGCUUCAACACGAAACUAUAUCUAGCUUCUAUCAAGAUACCGGAUUUGCCACAGUGGAAGAAUCUUCUUUAGGAAAAUCAGGAAAAAAAAUGGAGUUAACCGACGAUCUGAUCACAGCUCAGGCUCUGGUUUUCUUUUUUGCCGGAUUCGAUACCAGUUCAACACUUCUAUCUUUCUUGUCGUAUCACUUGGCAGUUGAUCAGAAAAUUCAAACAACCCUACAGAAAGAAAUUGACAACGUUACAAAGCUAGGAGACGGCAGAGUGUCCUACGAAGAACUAUUGAAGAUGAAAUAUUUGGAUCAGGUUAUAUCGGAAACUCUCAGAAGAUACCCACCGGGUUUUAUGCUAACCAGAAUAUGUGUGAAAGAUUACAAAAUUGAAGCGAAAAGAAACGAUGAGGUAGAUUUUGUUCUUGACAAAGGAACCCUUGUAGGUAUUCCAGUUGCUGGUAUUCACUUAGAUCCUAGAUAUUUUCCUGAUCCUGAAAAGUUUGAUCCCGAUCGAUUUGGUGAUGAAAAUAAAGCUAAUAUUAUUCCUGGAAGUUUUUUGCCAUUUGGAAGUGGACCACGCAAUUGUAUAGGUUCUAGAUUUGCUCUAUUGGAGUGUAAAACUCUUGUAGUCAGUUUAUUGUCAAAAUUUGACAUCAUUGUGAUAAAGAAGACCCCUUUUCCAUUACUACUCUCGAAAACAUUCAAUCUUGCUGGACGAGAAGGAAUUUGGCUAGGUCUUAAGAAGAGGGAGAAGUUCUAAGAUUAUAUACAUCAUCUCCAAUUCGAUCUGUGAAUUAUUAAUUAGUUCGAUCUGAAGAUUAAUUUAGGAUUUAUAAUGUUUUAAAAUUGAUUUAUGUAUGUUUUUCAACUAAUCUUCAUCCUCUAUUAGAUUUGAGAUUUAUUAUUUUAGUGAUAGUAAUGUUUAUAUUCCUUGUUACGUAGGUGCAUGCGGACGUGUGUGUUUGUUGUUUGAAUUCAUUAAACUAUUCAUACAUAAGUA